UGCAUUGACAGUGGGCAUCCCUCCUUACUCAUUCACACAGUGUGAGUGGGUCAUACAGGACCUGGCUGCAACAUGAGCACGCCGGUCCAUGCUGAGUUCCAGCCGCUCGGUGGUGCGCCCGGUGCGUGGCUUUGCUCACUUUUAACACGCUCCUCUCGCUCCCGCCAUGCGCCUUCCACGGGAACGAUGCGGUGAGCCCACGGUGAUGGAAGUGACCGUACUUUUGCGCGGGGCUGCGGGAUGCGGCUCCACCUGAAGCGGCGUAUGGAGAACCCAGCGAAGUAUCUCUCAUCGGUGCAGGGGACCAACUCCGCGCCGGCGCCGCUCGGAGAGACGAUGUGGAACGGCACCGAAUCGGAGGCGACGGAUGACGGCGGGAGGGACGUGGUGCUGCGCGCCGUGACGGGAUGUCUGCUCUUCCUCCUCAUCCUGUGGACGCUGCUGGGGAACAUUCUGGUGUGCUCCGCGGUGCUGCGCACCCGCCACCUACGGACCAAAGUCACCAACAUCUUCAUAGUGUCCCUGGCGCUGUCUGAUCUGUUCGUGGCCGUGCUGGUGAUGCCGUGGAAGGCUGUGGCGGAGGUGGCUGGAUACUGGCCGUUUGGCACUUUUUGUAACGUCUGGGUGGCUUUUGACAUUAUGUGCUCCACUGCCUCCAUCCUCAACCUCUGCAUCAUAAGUGUGGACAGAUACUGGGCCAUCUCCAGUCCCUUUCGAUAUGAGAGGAAAAUGACCCAGAGAGUUGCAUUUGUCAUGAUUAGCAUCACUUGGACUCUGUCAGUGCUCAUUUCAUUCAUACCUGUUCAGCUCAACUGGCACAAAGCCAGCGGGGACGACAUAGCCGGGACACACAACUCCUCUGCUGGUCGCCAGACGGAGAACUGUGACUCCAGCCUAAGCAGAGAAUACGCCAUCUCGUCAUCCUUGAUUAGUUUCUACAUCCCCGUGGCAAUAAUGAUUGUGACUUACACCAGAAUAUACCGGAUUGCCCAAAUCCAAAUUAGGAGAAUAGCGUCUCUGGAGAGAGCUGCAGAACACGCGCAAAGUUGCAGGACGAACAGAAUAGAGUGCCAACACCACAACACUUUAAAAACCUCCAUCAAGCGGGAAACCAAAGUGUUCAAAACCCUCUCUGUGAUAAUGGGGGUCUUCGUGUGUUGCUGGUUGCCCUUCUUUGUUCUCAAUUGCAUGGUUCCCUUCUGUGACAAGCCGCCCACAGACCAGGACGCGGGCCUGCCGUGCGUCAGCGAGACCACCUUCGACGUGUUUGUGUGGUUCGGCUGGACCAACUCCUCCCUCAACCCCAUCAUUUAUGCAUUCAACGCCGAGUUUAGGAAAGCCUUUGCCAGCUUAUUGGGUUGUCGCUACUUCUGCUCCAGCACGCCGGUAGAAACCGUUAACAUCAGCAAUGAGCUGGUGUCCUACAACCAAGACACCAUGUUCCACAAGGAGAUCGCCAACGCUUAUGUCAACAUGAUCCCCAACGUGGUGGAAUGUAUUGACUGUGAGGAGACUUUUGACAGGCUCUCGCAGUUUUCUGUCAAUAAUGACGCCACAGACUCUGUGUGUGACUUGGAGGACUGUGAGGCUGUUAUUAGUCUUGAUCGGAUGUCACCAUUCACUCCCAAUGGAUUACAUUAACUCCAGCUCCAUACCCCCCAUCAUGCUUAAUUGGAUGUACUGGUAGUUACGUCAGUCCUUUCACUUCCUGACAACUGAGGUCCACACAAAUAGGGGUACACUGGAGUCAAUUUCCGCUCCUUGAGGCACAAUUAAUGUAAAAGGGAUACUUCUUGGUAACUCUUUGUACCUUUUCCAGGGAGUCCAAGCUGCCACGGGUACACUCCACUCCAGUGACACGCCAUUGUACUCCUAAAGACAAAAUUACAUCCUUUUUUCUGAGUGGACUGAGCAGCACUUACGUCUACGUGACUCAUGGACACUCGGGCAGGGUUCAUGUGUUGACAACCACCAGGCAAUCCUGCUGCCGCUUUGCCUCAUGUGUGACGCAUACUGUUAUUGUUCUGAAAGUGACGUGUAGGUGUUCAUCUCCACGAGUCAAGUCUGUGUUCAUUUGUUCAAAGGUUCGAUGUCGUUGAAACUGGUGUUCUCUUUCUUCAAGGCUUGUUUCAUGUCUGUCGGCAACAGGGAGGGGACAUAUUUGUAAAGAGCGCUUCAAAUUGGAAGAAAGACCAAAAAAAAAAGUCUAGUUGAGUAACAAAUCGGAUGUUUUUUGAUGGACUUUUGAACUCUGUACUCCCUCAGAAUCUUUGUUUCACCCUUUUUACAUAACUCCAAUCCUACUCCGUAAAUACUCACUAAAUACAUCUCAAUCAAUUAGAAUAUUUUUGAAAGCAAAUUUAUUUCAGUAGUUCAAUUCAAAAAAUAAAAUUCUUACCGUGGUCAUUAAUAGGUCGUCUGCGGGCCACACCCGGCCUGUCAAAGCUUAUUAUUUGGCUCGCCAAACAUCACCCAAAUAAUGUACAGUCGUCCGUCGCCACACUGCACUUUGAAUUUCGCUGCUUUGCUCUACCACGGCUUUUUAAAAGAUAUGAAUUUAUCAAUUAUUGCCGUUUCGUGGUUGAUCACAACCUAUAUUUGUCAAAAAUAUAAGCAAAUUGUACCUAUUUUUGGCCUAAAUAAACUAAAAUACAAAUAUAUGACAUUCAUUGGUCUACACUGGUCACUAAGUAUCACUAAUAUUAUAUUAUCCACCGCAAAAAGUUCCGGAACUGAAAAAAAAACCCAUCAACCACAAGUAACUCUCCCAAUGCCAACAUGUGAGUCUAUAAUAUGUCUUAUUUUCUCUGAUUCUGUCUACUAUAUUUGGUAAUACAAGUGUAAAGGUGACUAUAGGGGUGUUAUUCCAUGUCCAGAGAGCUCUUAACGUGUUAAAAACCAUAUUUAGAAGAUCUGAAAUAGUUUUUUUUUAGGCUCUAACUACGAAUAUAUUCCGUUUAUAAAUAAGGAUUCCUACUUUGCGGAAAUUCACUUAUCAUAGUCGGGUCUGGAACCAAUUAACCUCGAUAAACAAGAGAUGACUGUAAACCCUAGGUUCCCAAAGCAGGGUACGACAGUUGGCAUAGCGGGUAUGUGAAUAAAAACGGAAAACAAUUAGCGCCUAACACUGAUAAGUGCGCCUGAAUGCCUCACAGCACAGAGCGGAACGAAGGAAGCUGUUCAUUGAUCUGUGUGUGUUAUGUGAAUAAGUUAGUAAGUUUGAUGAUUAUGUUGUGCAGUAAGACUGUUUAAUCUUGAAGAUUUAAUUUAUAUUGGUGUUCCAACGCCCGCACUGUGAAAAUCUGUCAAUGCAUGUGGUGUCAGGAUGAGGGGGUGGGGAUCCCCGCUAAAACGAGGCUUUAUCGCUGCUUGUAUGUACUUUUAUACUUUGGAUACUGCUUUAUCAUGUUUGUUAAACUUCCCCUUUCAAUUUGGUAUCAAAUUAAUAUGCAGACUCAAAUCACAACAAUUUCAAGUGAACAAAAGUGAAGCUGAAGUUCAACCCAUUCAAACGGAAGAAUCCCAACAUUCGGCUGAAAUAGAAAAUAUGUAGGACCAAAAACCUGACCAUGCAAAAUACACAUUUUUGAACCAGAAUGACUUCGUAUAAAAUUCAUUAACCAAUCAGUCAUCUUCAAUAUUAAUGAAUAUUAAUGAAGAUGAAAAAAGGUUUGUUUUUGCAGCAGUAGGGGGUUUCAAGUGAAACGUCUGAAGGGGUACGCGACUGUGAACAGUUUGGGGACCACUCCUGUAAACCGUUCUUCAGUCUAACCAGAGAAGUGCUGGUUCUUGCAGUACUUCCUCCGCUCCGCAGGGAGCGAGGUGUAAGCGUCACAAUGACGCAGCAGUAGAAGGUUAAACAAAUAUGGUGCUAUGAUAUAAUAUGAGUCUGCUCACACAGAUACAUGCUAAGAAAUACAGUAUAAAUAUAUAUCAAAUUUACUAUAUAUAUAAUUUUUUUGGUCACCCCACGGUGUCUGCGGAAAUGUAAUUGAGUACCCCUGUUCUAUAGAUUCACUACACACUUUUUUAAUGUCUUAAUAAUUUUAAUGAUUAUAAUUUACAGCUAAUAAAAAUGCCAAAUUCAGUAUCUCAUAAAAUGUGAACAUUUAAAAAAAACAACAACAACAACUAAGUUUAAUAUUGUAGACGACUGGUUCACAUUCUAAUCCAAAAAAUGACCUGCAAAAACCUCCUGAGCCUGUAAUUGGUCUCUUUGUCUUAAAGGGAUAGUUUGUAUUUUUUGACAUGAAGUUGUAUGACGUCCCCAUCAGCACUGUAGUCCAAUAACAGCGACUUACCCCCCACUUGGGAUACGCAUAUUGUUUUGAGAAGCCAAACUCUUGACUUAAUUGUCCCCAGCAACUAAGUGGAACUACGUUCUUCAUCACAGAAAUCGGACCACAGCUGGACUUAGGAGACCAAGCGGGGGGGCAAGUCGCUGUUAUUGGACUACAAUGCUGAUGGGGGUGUCAUACAACUUCAUGUCAGAAAAUCUGAACUACCCCUUUAACUGAACUCCUGAAAUCAAAUGCAUUUUGCACAAUAUUCUAAUAAAUUGAGAUGCACUAUGACAACCUUUUGCUGCUUAACAAUGUAUCCAAAACCCACCUUUCAACUGCGUGUGAAAACUGCGGGUAGCCUUACUGAAAGUGCAAAGCAGACAGUUUAAUCCAAUGCAGUCGGUUCAGCGCCUUAUAGCUCAUUUAAAGAAUGAAAUGUGUUGCAUAGAGUUGAUGUUACAUGAUGCCAAAAUGCAGUAUUAAAGUGUUUACCUGUAUCCUGCGCCCCACACGACUCCUGUAGGUCACCGCAGGGACUUUUAUGCUGAUGGGGGAAUAUUAUCCAAUUGCACAAAAUCAACAACAGUUGACUAUGGUGCCACUGAUUCAAAUGAAGAAGUAAAAUCAGUGGUAGCUGUCCUGUCUGCCAUUGACGCCAAAACUAUUGAAUGGUUUUGUUUUAUCAUUCUUAAGACUUGCAUUCAACAGACUUUACUGAAUGACCAAAGAUUUCAAAGCACUAAUCAAUAGGUCAGACUCAAUAAAGUGGCUUGUUUUUCAAUGGACAACAUAUGAGGCCCCUGGGCCAAUGCAACUGGAUGUCACAGAUGUCUGGAUGCAUGACCUCACUUCUCCGUCAUUGUAUUGUACAGGUGACCUGAAUGUAUAUUACUGUCCUUUAAACAGUGAAUGGUGUCCAUUAUUUGCUUAAUAAAAUGCU